CUACAGCUGAAAUUCUACCACCAGCUCUAACAAAGAGCUCACCAUAAUGUCAGAUGGGUUUGUGUGGUUUGAAGGGAUACCUUUUCCUGUUGUGGAUUUCACACCUGAACACAUGAGAGAAGUGCAGGAGAAUUUUGUGUUUAAGGAUGAAGAUGUCUUAACACUGUCUUUCCCCAAAUCAGGAACGAACUGGUUGAUUGAAAUUCUCUCCCUGAUUUUCUCCAAGGGAGAUCCCAAGUGGGUCCAAUCUGUCCCCAUUUGGGAACGCUCACCCUGGUUGGAGACUAUGUAUGGAUAUAAAUCCCUAAAGGAUAAGGAAGGGCCACGCUUCAUCACCUCCCACGUCCCCAUCCACCUCUUCCCCAAGUCUGUCUUCAAGAGCAAGGCCAAGGUGAUUUAUCUCAUCAGAAAUCCCAGAGAUAUUCUCGUGUCUGGUUAUUUUUUCUGGAUUAUUUCAAAUUUUGUUAAGAAACCAGAGUCACUGGAACAAUAUUUUGAAUGGUUCAUCCAAGGAAAUGCAAAGAGUUAUGACAGUUCUAAGUGUGCCAGACAUUGUGCUAGCAAUUGUGCCCACAAGAGUGAACAUAAUAGAGGGGUUCCUGCUUUCACAGAGUUUGUAAUCCACCCACUCUUUCUGCCCUCCACCCCCACCCAUGCAGUGGCAUUCGGAUCGUGGUUUGACCACAUUCGUGGCUGGACGUCCAUGAAAGGGAAGGAGAACUUCCUGAUACUGAGUUAUGAAGAACUAAAACAGGAUACAAGAAGUGCUGUGCAGAAGCUCUGCCAAUUCCUAGGCAAGAAAUUAGAACCAGAAGAACUGAACUCAGUCCUCAAGAACAGCUCCUUCCAGGUCAUGAAAGAAAACAAGAUGUCCAAUUAUACCCUAUUGCGUGGUUGGCUUUUAGAUCAAAAUAAUGGAUCAUUUUUGAGAAAAGGCAUUUCUGGAGACUGGAAAAAUUACUUCACGGUGGCCCAAGCUGAAGUCUUUGAUAAAAUAUUCCAGGAGAAGACGGCAGAUCUUCCUCAAGAGCUGUUCCCAUGGGAAUAAUGUUCAAAAACUUCUAGGUCUCAGAGACGAAUAUUUGUUCUCCUGUCCGUGUUUAUGUAAACGAUGGGUGGUAAUUGUAUAAAACCUGUUAUUUCAUUUUGGAGCCUUGAAUUAUCAAAUCUUUGCAUCUUUGAUGACUUGCUUUUUGAAAAUUACCAGGGCACCUCUAAUUCACUUCAUGGCAUCCCAAAUUUUAAAAAAUAUUUGUAACAUUUCAUAUGUACAGAAUGAUACAGAAACAAUAUAAAUAUUACCCAAGGCUAUGUCUAUGUCAAAUUUCUUUUUUACAAAAAUGAGAAAUAAAAGUACAAAAGCAGUUAAGGUUCCUUUUCUUUCCAUUGCCUGUAUCUUCACAAUAUGAUUAUUCUGACCUUGCAGUACAUAAUUUCCAACCUAGCAUUAUUCCCUUACUAUGUGGUGUCUGACUAUACUCAUAAACAAUAUAUGGUAUUUAUGGAGGCUUUUAAAACUUAGAUAAAUGGCAUUCUGUAUAAUGCACUCUUCAACUAACACAUCCACUCAUGUAUUUUAUAUGUGGGUUUCAUCCAUGUUGAUUAUAUAGCUAGUUCAGUAUUUAGUAUUGGAGCUCAUACCAUAUUUUAGUUACCCAUUCCCCUGUGGAUGGAUUUGGGUUUCUUCCUUACUGGUUUUUCCCUAAAACACUGCUUCGGCCUAACAUGUGAUCUACCCUGGAAAAUGUUCCACAGAUGAGUGGAUAAGGGAAAUGUGGUAUUUACAAACAAUGGAAAAUUACUGAGCCUUAAAGAAGGAAAUUCUGCCAUUU